UUAAGCUUAAUGCUUCUCACAUUAAACGCAUCACUUUUGCGAAGUUGUCGGCGAAUUUUAUACAAUUGUCACUUUCACUUUUUUGGACACUUUCCGAUAUGCAGCUAAUGAAUUUUUAUUCGAAAAUUCUAGACUUUUAAUGUGAGAAUUUUAAAAGCCUAUUUGCAUCAUAUGUUUACUACGCAGAGGCCCAUCGACUCACUUCAAUAAGUCGCCUGGUCGUCAGUGGGUUUCAUAAUGUUGCGUUUGGCCAGGGUGGUAAGCAAAUCUCCUGCUCAGUAUUUCGGUAAGCUUCCUGGAUUCAACCUUUGAAAGCUUACUCUGCUGUCGGGAGUUUUUCCCCCGUUUGUCGGCCAUUUUUCUAGUGUGCGCCCUUAUGAGUUUCUGGUUGUUCGUAUGCUAACUAGACAAUUUUUUUUUUUAGGCCAUAGGGUUUUUAGGGUUAACUGGCGUGCAGAAAUUUUUUUUCAUUUAAUGUUCCCUUCCACGAAUAUUUUUUUUUGUACUUCGCACCCCCCUCCCCACGCCCAUAAGUUUUCUAAUGGUCCGUCCCUUACUUCGCUGGUCUGUGGACUGGGAGGGACUGGUUAAAGAAUGCUUAAAGUGGCGCAAACGAUCGCGCAGCUCAAGCACACCAGACUUUAGAUAACGUUUCAUUGUAAUCAAAUGAUUGAUCAGCACGGAAUGAAGAAGUGUUACCCUUGUAUAGAAUUUAAACUGUGUGAAUUAAAUAACGAAUAUUAAUAAUAAACUUGAUUUUACACAUCAACCUAGAUUAACCGACAACCGACAAAGUUCGAAAAUUUUACCCGGCGUGUGGACAUCCUCUUUUAACUCUUGGGUAUCGCACGGUACGCACAGAGUGAAUUUCAGGAAAUGUCAUCAACAAGGACUCAAGGUAUGUUGAAGAUUAACUUUUAUUGUAAAGUGAAUCAACCUCAUGAUACAGCGAAUCGACUUCAUUAUGCAGCGAAAUGACCAUACACCUUAGAAAUUACGAAAAGAGCUCAGCAUUGCGUUUUACUCAGAUUCACAUGUUUUCAUGUUUCAAUUCUACUUGCGUUUAGCUGAUAGUAAAGUGUACAUCAAGAGACUAUAAAGGGGACAGAGAGGGCAUCCCCCAUAUACACCCUAUUCCAUAGCUAAUUCGUCUCGAGUUAUUUUUAGAAUCGGGAUAAAGUUACCUCGAGCGAGGCGUGGAUGUUUCGUGGAGGUUUCGCGUGACCAAACGCCGUGCAAAACAUGUCGGGCGAGAGGCAAUGAAAGCGAAAAAAGAUCGAGAGCAUUCCUGAAUAUUGAAGCGAAAUUAGUCGGCGCUCACCUGGGAAAAAGGAAUCGCUGGACUCUUUGGCAACCCGUGAAAUCAGUUUAACUCGAAGUUGUCGUAACCUCAGUGCUUUAAUAAAAUGAGAAAUUUCGCUAGUUUAUUGAAACCAGUCGUUUGUACAAUUUAGGGAGUUUAAGAUCCAACGACGUGGACGACAACUAGAACGUCAAAAAAACAAUAGGUUUAAUUAGCAAAACAACAACUUCGCACGUGCAAUACACUUUUUUGUUCAUUUCUUUCCCGUUUUUGCACGACUACGACGUGAAAAUGCCUAAUUUCGCGUUUUAUGGAGGACGUAAAUAAACAACGACGAAAUUUUAUUUCUCUUUCUGAGCUUGAAUAUGGUCCCUUGAAAUUCAGCUUUAGGAGGGUUCGCCUACAAUUGACAAAGUAAGUGGGUAUGAAUAAUCGCUAUAAAGACUGAAAAAAAUAAACAUCAAACCAGAAAUUGCUCUCUUCAAACUGUAAAUUAUUAAUGAUCCUGAGAGAAUAUUUAGUGUGUUAAGGAUUUCCCUGCUCUACUGUUAGCUCUAUACAAGAGAGGAAGGGCGAUUCUUUUUUAAUUUCGGUUUCGCUGACACAGCUCUCGCAGAAAUCUCGCUGUAGUCGUUUUCGUCGACAAAAAGAAUAGCAAAAUCGCUCCCCGCGUCUUCCCCCAUUUUGUUCUGCGUCAUUUCGGGAAGGACGCGUGGCUCUCAGCGUGGGUCAUCCACGCGGAACACAUUCGCGCUAUGUGAUUGGCUGUUGUCUAAUCCCCCUUGAGAUCUGUGGUGUUAAAAAUAACUCGAGACGAAUUACCUAUGGAAUAGGGUGUAUAUGGGAGAUGCCCUCUCUGUCCCCUUUAUAGUCUCUUGAUGUACAUGUAUAAGGGUAAUUUGCAAAACGAAUGAGUGAUAAAACCUUUCCUUUCUUUUUGUUCUGUCUAAAUAAUUUGGGUAAACCUUAAUUCGAAUUAAGUUCGGCUCAUGAAAAAUUCGGCGUUUGAACUGGGCCUUAGGAACGCAUGUUUCAGUUUGAAGCGGCUCAGACGUUACUGAGGGAGCAAAAACGACUCGAGCGAAGUAAUCGUCUGAAAUUCAGGCUAACGAAGAGGUCAAAACAUCACUUGUUCCGGAAAUUUGUUGAAUAUAAAACCUUAGCAGUCUUAAAUCAAACUUAAUUGUAACUAUAAUCGAAUGUUGUCAAAGCAAAGAAGGCUAUUCAGCAGAAAAUGUACCGUGUGAAAACUCAUGAGAUAAUGGUAAACAAGGCUUUGAAGAAUUAUUUGAGCUUACAGUUUUUGACAGGUUCGUCGCAAACGGCUCGGGUAAAAGAAGUGAAUGGUUUGGAACAGUAGCGCGGCUGACAAUUGUUUUGAACGGAUAGCUCGAGGCGUUCGAACGCGUGACAAUUUUCUUCGAACGGAUAUCCCGAGCCGGUCGAACGAAUGACAAUUUUUCUCAAACGUCGGGAUAGCCUGAGUCGUUCGAAGGGUUGACAUUCCUCUUUCGAACGGAUGACAAUUUCAGGGCUGUCAACCCCCCACAUCAUCAAAUAUUGAGGAUUGAUAGGGAAGGAAUUAUAGAUGACGUCAUAUCGCACGACAAAUGACGUCAUUUGUGCCAAAAAUGCUCAUUGAUCUCAAUCGACGUAUAUAGCACAUAAACAGUUCAUAUUUAGCCACAUUAUUCCUUAAAUUACCAUGGCAUACCAGAAUUUAUGAGGACAAAAAAUUCGAAAUUUUAUGGUCGGAAAGUCGAGUCUACAAGAAAUAGCAACUUUGGCAAUUAUCCCGGAGAUAUCAGACUCUAAAAUCUGGAGUAUCCCGGAUUAUCCGGGAGAGUUGACAGCACUGCAAAUUUUUUUCGAACGGAUAGUCUAAGCCGCUCCAACGGAUACAAAAUCUUUGCAAAAGCCUUUCGCAACUAUCAGUAAUUUCUUGUAACACGAAAUUCGCGGGAUUUGUGUUCGGCGUCUGAAUCAAAUCAGCCCGCUGUCUAAAUAAUUUGGGUAGGCCUUAAUUCGAAUGAAGUUCGGCUCAUGAAACAUUCGGCGUCUGAACCGGGCCUUAGGAACGCAUGUUUCAGUUUGAAGCGGUUCAGCCGUUCUUUCCACCCAGCCCAGCCGGGAAUUUUGACUUUGGAUCCACUUUGGAACGCCUUUGAUGCAGACGCCGAACUUUUCAUGUACAAAACCAAAAGCAUAAAUUCUUAUAACGUAUUUUGUAAGCAGUUUGACCGAAAUGAGCAUUUUUCGUCUUCUGAAUUUAGUUCGGCUGGGAUUAAGAUCGGCGUCUGAAUCAAUUCAGCCGGUCUGAAUAAUUUGGGUCGGCCUUAAUUCGAAUUAGGUUCGGCUCAUGAAAAGUUCGGCGUCUGAACCGGGCCUAACUUAACCCCCGCCCAAAAAAAAUCGCUUUUCAUAACUUCCCACAGGAGCCUAUGGGUCAUGGGCUCCUGCUUCCCAUAAUUCUCCCUUUACGUCGGUUUGAAAUCGGCGAGCUUAUUAGACUCGGCUCUCGUCUUAGAGUUUUUUUUAGCUGCCUUGAGCAAAGUCUGCUGCGUCCAAUAUCUUCUCGUAUUUCGUCUCUUUUGGUUACACUGGUGAAAGACUGAUCCCGGGCUUGAGACCGAAAGAUUGGAUAUGACGAGCUUUGUAAAAAUAAACCAUCUGAAAGCAAUGGUCACACUACACAACUCCACGGUAUAGCCAAUACCUUACGCAUGGGAACAGUCAUAUCACUCGGGCAGUGGCAGCCAUGAACAGCUGUUUCGCCAUACCGCGAAAUUGUGCAGUGUGACCAUUGCUUUCAGAUGGUCUUUGAUACACAGGGAUUACCCUGUUCAUUGACCCGACGGCUAUGUCAUGCUGAUAAUCCCCAAAAAGGGCAAAACACCUGUCCAUGGUUGCCAUUGCUCGAGUGAUAUGGCUGUGCGCAUGCGUAAGGUACUGAACCAUACCGCGGAGUUGUGUAGUGUGACCAUUGCUUUCAGAUGGUUUAUUAGUUGGCAGUAAAAGGUCUUUGACUUCACAAAGUAGGUUCUAGGGGUCGUAUCUAUUUGGCGAGAAGGAAAUUGAAGCUGAUUUCUGACCAGGCCACAGAUUUAGUUACCCGGCGGGGUAUUCUCGGGAAAUUUUGGUGGGGGUGUGCCGCCUGGUUCUCCAAAUGCUGACCCUAUUUCAGACUGAAAAAUGUUAUUUUCCACAACUGUUUUCAGACGCGGUCCUGUAAUUCCAUACCCGUCUUUUCAGGCCGUAUAUAUAGAAAUUAAGUCAUCAUUUUUAGACUAGAGCUCAAACAAAAACAUUUCUUAAAAUCCAUUUCGAAUUCGCAUAUUACUCUUUCUCUCUGAUUCAUUUGGAAUUGAAACGAUAAAUACGUACAUACACUUUCGUAGUUUCCUCGAAAACUAUGCUCGAUUCCAGACCAAAAUGAGCAAAAUCUAUUUCCGUUUUCAGACCGAAACGGCACAAAAACCAUACCCUUUUAGGGCGGCACGUACCUGUAUGGCUUAUAUAAGGGAGUGCCCCCGGCCUUAGUUAAAAAUUUUUUGGAAGGCGGAGGCUCCAUGUCUCCUUUUCAACCGCUGGUUAACAUCCGGGAACUUGGAUGAAUGAAUCGACUGUGCGAUUCGAGAAAAGCUUCCAUGCGACGAUUUAUGCGAAGGAAGCGAGAGUUUUUCGGAGUGAUUUGACGAUGUUUCGCCCGUGCUAAAUGUGGAAAUAUUGCCAGUAGUUUUCGGAAGUGUUGUGACUGCCGCGGAAGUCUUUUAUUGUGUGAUUUACCGAAGGCGUUGACAUACAAAACUCAGGUGUGUGGUUGAGCUCGUGUUACCAGAAUACUUUGUGCCAAGCAUAAAAACACUUCGUGAGUGUUUAGCUAAGCCUAUUCUGUGCUCAAAGAUUGUGGAUUCCUAAUCUUUUUUGCAGACAAUUUGCUAUGGGCCUCAUGAUUUGACUGACUAAAAGGUUAUAAUUUCUGAGCGUUUCAAAUGUUAAGACAAACUUAAAGCAAGGGGCACACAUACACCAACCCACGGCCUGACCAGUAACUCGCGCAUGUGCACAGCUAUAUCACCCGGGCAGCGACAGCCAUGGACGGCUGUUUCGGCUUUAUUGGGGCUCAUAGAAUGGCAUAUCGGUCGAACCUCUGUACGGCAAAGCCGUCUUCAGAGGCCCCUUACUGCCGAAGCGAGUGCAGGGCCUGUGAAGACGGCUUCGCCGUACAGAGGCUCGACGGCUAUGCCAUGCUGAUGAGCCGAAAUAAGGGCGAAACAGUUGUCCAUGGCUGCCACUGCCCGGGUGAUAUGGCUGUGCGCAUGCGUGAGUUACUGGCCAGGCCGUGGGUUGGUGUAUGUGAGCCCCUUGCUUUAAGUUUGUCUUGUUUCAAAUGUUUAUUUCAUUGCAAAAUCCUGUUACUUUUGCGAGAGCAAUUUACCGUCUGUUACCAGCAACAAAGUUGUGAUUGUUAAGCCUCAGCUAGUGACUUUUAACUGCGUUCUAUUUGACUUAGAUGUCAAAUUGUUAAAAUGCCCUUGAAAUUUCUUUAGCCAUGUUUUAUCAAAUCCAGACAGAAAUACUUACAUACCUAGCAAAUCCGAGGCUAAAGCUUUUACAGUUGAUAAAUAGAAUUAAAGUGACAAACAGAAAAGUACUACUGAAAAAUUUAAAAGGUGGCUUAAAGGUAUGAAUUUUAUAAACUCCUGUAUCAAUAAUUUCUCCGCGAAAAAAAGUUCUUAGAAAGCUGAAAAAGAAAGUCUAAAGCUGUUAUUUGUUUAGUUAACUUAGAAAGGCAAGCAAAAAUUAAGCCAGUGCCUUUUACCAAGAAAAUAGCAAUUAUUCCAAGCGUUUGGCUUAUCUCGAUAACAUUAAAUUUUCCGCCAAAUAGCUAGUGCUUGCCAAUCCUCCUCCACGCAACUGCUAUUUGCUUUUAUCGGCAACCUGGCACUCUUCUAAUUCCUCUAAGAAUUUAUUGUUCUUCCAUAACAACCCUCAGAAUCGGAUACACUGAAACAAAAUCUAAUAACUGUUCUAGUAAACAUGGUUUGAAAAAAAAACCGCGCUGGCACACGAAACAGAGCUCAUUAUUUUUUUAAAUAAGUAUGGAAAAAAUAGAAUCUGUAAGCGCUCCUGUAAUCAUGUGUACGUCCACCUUCAGAUUAUUCAAAUAUCUACUAGUGAUGUCACUGAAUAAUCGAAAGAGUACCGCAAAUGACCUAAUAGACGCCCACUCCCAAAUAAACGCCUCUUAUCUGAAAAAUGUCCCCUCUACGCUGUUAAAAUUGAAUUAGAACCCCUCUCUAAUAACCGUUCCUUGUCUAAUAGACGCCCCCUACGCAAAUUACUCCAAACUACUAGGAAUUAGCAAAAAGGAGCAAAAUCAUUCAAUUCGUUCAGUUCCUGCUUUAUUAACAAGACUUUGCGUAUUUUGUCUUGUUCAAUGUUAUGUUCAAAGUAAGAACAGACUAACGAUGGCAACACAAUAACCCUGAGCAAGGAUUCUGACAUCGAUGUUAGGAUUUGAAUUGAUGGUUCUGUGAUUUUUCAACUUUUAUGGCAAGGCCUACUCUCUUUUGAUUGCAGGUGAGAGCAUGGCAUCCUUGACUGGAAUCCUACUUGACGUCUCCGGUUCCAUGCGUCGUAACAUUGGCGAGGGUACUGAUGAAGAAGGAGGACCAUGGGCUCGCUCGAUCUUUGAAGUUAUUGACAACCUUAUCAAAUACGAUAUUUCAUCUGAUAACCAUGUAUUUGCAAUAGGCUUUGGGGCUAGUUGUGGUGAGGAAGUAUUUGAUAUCAUAGGAACUCUGAAACAGUUUCCGAAUCUAGAUAAUGUUGCUAAAGGGCCUGCCAGAACUGAACACAUAAACCAGAUUUUCAAGAUACUAGAGGGUGCCGGGGCACGUACAAUUCGCAAAUGGGCAGAGGUCGAAGUCGUCAAAAAAGCAUUAACAGAUAACUUGGCUGUUGUGUUUCUGAAAAAGUUUGAAUCUGAUCACUCGUUUCUUAAAGAAUUCGUCGAAAAAAUUCUACCACCAGCUUGUCGCGACUGGCCUGAACCGGGACUGGACAAGUUGUUAAUGCUAGGUGGUUUGGCUCUUGUUGCUGGGAUGGUGGCUCCACCUGUAGGAUUAGGUGUAUUGGGUUCAAUGGGAGCUUUAAAGUUAGGGCCAAGAGCAGGGAAAGAGGUGUAUUCGUCGGUGGUGACCGAGUGUUAUAGAAAGGCUACAGUAGAAGACGUCACAGAGGUAGUGGAAAAGGCCAAAGCUUAUCUGCAAAAAAAAGUUAAAAAAAAGGUAAAAAAAGUAGAUGUAGAUGCCAUUUUCAAUGUUCAAGAUGCGUCAGAUGUUGUGCAUGGAUGCGUCGAUGAAAAAAAACUCACUAACCAAAGGAGUCGGGAAUUGUUGCAGAAAAUCGAGCCUUACAUUUAUGGCAGAACGCCUUUUUUUCGAGCGAUUAGAGAAGCAAUAGCACUUUUUCAUGAACCCAAAUUUUCGCAUCACAAAAAGAUGCUGUUUAUCUUGUCAGAUGGGGACCCUACAGAUGGACAGACCACUGGCCGUGCUGGAAUAGAUCGCCUGAUUUCUAGAUUUACCGAAGCAGAUGUGACCGUUGUGAGCUGCUUUAUCACUGACUCCACACAUAUUGACCCUAAAAGACUAUUCAGCAAAGAGGAACCCGACUGGGACCUGGUCGCAAAGUUCAUGUUCUCAUUGAGCUCAAAGUUGUCAACACAAUCCCUACCACGCACAAUGUUUGUGAAACGUGAUUGGACCAUCGACAUCACCGACAAUGAGACACAUUUGUUCUUGCAGGUCAAUCAUCCAGAACACCUUCGAGAGGGAUGCGAGGUGGCUCGAAAUGUAGUCUGUUGUCAAGACGCGUUAUCCGAUAUGCUUGCAUCCGUUAAUCUAGAUGUCUAUAUCAACCAAGAAUUAAAGGGUUAUGAGGCAAAAACGAAGCAAGAAGGGGGGACCUGCUAUGCGAACGCAGCUGCUACAGUUCUCCAUUUGUCCAUGAAACGAAUUCUUCGACGCAAAGGCGGAUAUCCAGAUUUCUCCAAGUUAAGAGAAGAAUUUAUCAACCGUUUUGGACGUGACGGUGCCAAUACCUUCCUUGUGCUGCAGAAGAUGUGCCCGAAGUAUCGCCUACGUUGCAAGCAAGUUGGUCUCAAGGGUGCCAUGAAAGCGAUCACUUCAAGUCGUCCAGUAGUGGCAACAUUUUGGCUCACUAAACAUGAAUGGAAAUGUUUUGGAAGCUUCUUUCGACUAAACCCAAAAGGUAUUUUGACGAAUGAGGAGAUCAACACAGCAGCCCGUCUUCACCAUACUCCUACCUUUGGCCAUGCUGUUGUGUUGACCAGUUUCGACAGCCAAUGUUUACGACUGCUAAAUUCUUGGGGAGAAACCUGGGGAAAUGUGGGAUUUUUCAAAGUGCAGAACGCAGACGUUCUUGGAUUGGAAUUUAUUGACGUUUUCUGGGAAACAGAAGAUUUGACAGAAGAAGAAAGAACCUAUUACGAGAAACAUGGAUCCGAAGUUACCAGAAAAUUAAUGGAUAAAUUGCCGAGUCUUAGGCGGGCAGAAUUCAAGUGCCCCAAAUGCAGCAAGAGAUCACCAGUGAUGGAAUUUACUGGAACUUUGUCACAUGCAAAAUGCCCGAAAUGUCACCAGGAGUUUUAUUCAAAGAAUGCCGAGGAAGGAAACAUUUUAGCUCUUAAUAUUUAUCUUACAUCUUUAAUCAGCUGA